AUGGAGAACCUAUCUAGCAUCCUCUCAACCAUUUGCGCUGUGCUUCAACAUGCUGAGGAGAGGCAGACACGGGACAGGGCAAUCAAGAAUUGGCUGCAAAAAAUUAAAGAUGUUGCAGAUGAGUUAGAUGACAUUAUGUAUGAGUGUUCAAUGGAGGCAUCCCAACUGGAGUACAAAGGGCAGAGGUUUGGAUCAACCCAAAAGGUAACAGCUUCAUUUUUAUCCUGCUUGAACCCCAAAAACUUGCUGUCACGCUAUAGAAUUGUGAAAAAGAUGAAAGAUGUUUCAGAUAAACUGGAUAAAAUUUCAAAAGAGCGUACAAAUUUUCACUUGCGUGAGGUUGUUGAAGAUCGAAGACAUGUCCAAAUAGUGGAGUUCUCGGUAGAUAAUUCAAGAAAUUCCAAUGAUCUCUUAAUCUAUCCUACUGUGGAGGACUUUGAUGUGAAGAGAUUGAUAAAAGCUAUAAUAGAAUCUACCACUGAAAAAAGUUUGCGAAGCUUUGGACAUGGAUCCUCUAAAGAGACGCCUCCAAAACAUUUUGGAAAGGAAGAAGUUUUUCCUUGCUUUGGAUGA